GAUUAGGCUAUCCGUUGACCGACGAUGCAUUCGACCAAGUCAGCCGUUCUCCUGCUCGCCCUGGCCAUCAGCGCCAGCUGCGUUGUUGCCACACCGCAUCCGGAAUUCUUGGAUGAAAUCUUCGGCUCCAUAAACCAAACUGGCCAGCACAUCAUCAGUGGAUUCGUGAAUGCCACCAGGAAUGGCACGGCCAUUGCUGGUGAGUUCCUGGACAGCAUAAGGAACUCCUCCGCCCAGUACACGCACGAAACCCUGGAGUUUGCCCAAAAAAUCGCAGAUGCAGUUCAUAGAGCCGCCACUGAGUCAAUCGUCGACUUUUCCGCGACUCUGAGGGCGCAGAUCGACGCACUGCAUCAGGGGAUUGAUCGGGUGAGAAACAUCCUGCAGCGAGAGGCACUUAAGGAUGCUCUCGCCAGACUGCAGACCGUCAAUACCGUCGUAAAUGAUCUGGAAGUGGCCGUGAAUAACCUCAAUGAUCGGAUAGACGAGAAGAAACAAGAGUAUUUCGCCAUAAUCCAGAAGAAGUGGUACCAAUGGUCUGACGCCCAAUUGGAACGAGUGGAUAAGCUGACGAAUGGAGUUGGCAACGAGGAAGCCGAGGAGAUCAUAAAUGAGCUACUCUCCCGGUAUUCCGGAUAUCUGCACAGCUGCCUGGAGGAGUUGCAAGCGCAGCAAGCCACGUUUGAGCAAAAUGUCCAAGAGGCCAUCGAAAAGUACCACAAUGCCACCAACGAACUGACGGACCAAGUCGAGCUCUGCGUCCAGUUCAACCUCAGCUUCCUGUCCUGCCGCAAUGGCAUCAAUGAGGCACUACGCGGACUCGACUCGGCUCCCGCGGAGCUGCUCACCCUGAAGCUUCAAGGCAUCCGACUACUGGCCAUCGGCCUGAAUGCCAGCGGAUGUGUGGGCCAGACCCUGGCCGAGCACGAGCUGGAGAAGCCCAGCGUGGAGCGCAAGCUGGAUGAGAUCAUUGCGGAGUACCAGGAGCAGCAGACUUCCACCGAUGACGACUCUAGCUCUAAUAAUGAAACGACCACCAUAAGUUCGUAGGAUUUCGGGGAGUCAUCCAGUAAUGAAUAUGACAACUCCAGCAAUGACGACGAAUCCUCAUGGAAAUAUUUACAAGAACGUAUAGUGUAUUUUAGGUGUCGGGUAGAAGCAGCAAAAUAAAUUACUCUAAUGCAACUAAAUUAGAAAUUGUUUUCCUUCAUCGUUUAUCAAUGAUGUUUCUUAAUAAACUAUGCCAAG